UGCAAGAAACAUUUUUGUCGAGCCAAUGAAUAUUUCGUUAUACUCAAUACAACCAACGAAGCCAUGAACAUCAACUCGGGUUUGCUUUUUCGUUUAUCGAUUAUCGCCUUCCUCAUCGUUAAAGGUAACGAUGCCUGCAGAAAUCUUGAGUUUCUCCCCUGUAYGAAAAACAAGACUUUAAAUGGUCAUGUGAUAAAGGCCUUCAAAUUUGUAGUUCCUGCGUUAGAGUUUUGCCAAGCGAAUUGUUUUAUCGAACGCCAGUGUGUGUCRUACAACUUGGGUCCAGUAGACGGUCAGACCAGGACGUGUGAGUUGAGUGCUGCUGAUCACUGGACGCGACCCAAAUUCUUGGAUUCAAAAGAAGGCUUCGAGUACUGUCCAAUCAAGAAUCCUUGUUCGUCAAAUCCUUGUCCUGCAGAUAGACUCUGUACACCUGAUUUCAGUUUGGACACCUUCAGCUGUGAUGAUGGGGGCUGGACACAGUGGAGCUCCUGGAGUCCCUGCAUCAAGUCAUGUAGCUUGCUUAAAACAAGGACGAGAAGUUGUUCAAACCCUGCUCCUCAAAAUGAUGGUUCUCAGUGCGUUGGAGUGAAGAAAGAAAUAAAAGAGUGUAAUUCUUUGUCAUUUAUAGAAUUUAGGCAUAUUGGAUGCUUUGCGGACAAAAGCAGUGAUCGCACACUGCCCACAACAUUGACGUCAGUACCGAAACCUUACAGCAUUUGCAGCUGCGCCCUGCAGGCUCAGCCCAAAGGCUACGUGAUGUUUGCUGUCCAAAGCCAAGGAAACGCAUGUAGAACCAGUCGAACUGCUCGUGAAACCUACAAAAAGCAUGGACAURCAAACAACUGUGGAAAUGGACUUGGAGGGGGCUUGGCUAAUGAUGUUUACGAGUUUAUUCGUGUGGAGAAAACUGAGGGAGAAGAUGAUGUUUGAAUGACUUUUGUCAACGUUUAURAAGACAACCACUUUGGAGCUGUACGAAGACUARGGGAUUCCUUUAUAUGUAACAAUGGUGUAUGCKUUGGGAUUUAUUCAUUAAAACAAAAC